AUGGACGUGCGUCAAGUGCCAGUGGUCGACAUCAAGGCCCUCAUGGCCUUCCGCUCAGACGCCGAGGUGGACGCCGCUCUGCGUGACGUCAAGGACACAGCUCUCCGCAAGAUCAUCGAGCACGUCCGCGCUGCAGCGAGCGAAUGGGGAUUCUUCUACAUCGCCAACCAUGGCCUCCCCGAGAAGGACGUGGACAAGUUCCAGGCCGCAAUGCGCUCAUUCUUCAACCUCCCGAAAGAAAUCAAGAACACGAUUCGGCGUAGCGCCACAAACUCCAGAGGCUACUUCGAUGACGAAUUGACCAAGAACAAGACAGACUGGAAGGAGUGUCUUGACUUCGCAGGGGUCAAUGAGGAUGGCCCUGCGAGUGACAAGCACGAGCGACUAGGAGACGACCAGAACUUGUGGCUUGAGGACAAGCACCUGCCACAAUUUAGGCAAGAAAUGGUCGUGUACUUUAACCAAAUGGAGUACAUCUCGCGUCGUUUAUUGAAAGUAUUUGCGGUGGCAUUGGGCGAGGAACCGGCGUUCUUUGACCAGUUUUUCCACGGUGACAACUCGAGUUUCUUGAGACUGAACCACUACCCGGUGGCUCCAGAUCCCGAGAAGACCAUGGGGGUGUAUCACCAUACAGACGCCGGUGCACUGACAGUGCUGCUUCAAGACGAUGAUGUGGCGUCGUUGCAAGUUUUCCACCGAGAGUCACAGACGUGGACGCUAGUGCCUUCACGUAAGGGAACGUACACGAUCAACAUUGGCGACAUGGUGCAAGUCUGGUCGAAUGAUAAGUUUGUCGCCCCGCUGCACCGCGUACUGGCCAGUGGAGGCGCAGAUCGAUUCUCGGCUCCGUUCUUCUACAAUCCGUCGUACAAGGCACAGGUCAAGCCAAUUGUCGUGAAGCAGGACGAAGAGGCCAAUUACCGUCCACUGAGCUGGCGCGAGUUCCGGCUAGCUCGCUUCCAGGGCGACUACGCCGACAGUGGAAAGGAGAUCCAGAUUGGAGACUUUAAGAUCCACGGACCGGUUGACGUUGCCAACUUGUAGGCUGCAGAACUCUUUGAGGAAUCAUUCACGAGAUAAUAGUUUACUGUAGUUGCACAAAUGCGAAGUUACGAUCUCGACCUAUUCGUAACAGUGUACUUACGAACGCUGGGUCGGUAGUCUUGGUUUCGAUACCCUUACGUAUCAAUGGCAGCACUACUGACAGGGUUGCAAAUGAUUGGUUAAAUAUCCACGCAAAGUAAA